ACAAACAAACCCUUGAAAGCGAAUGGGCUCAUCCUUUAUGUGACUAAUCGAAUACUAUUGUCACCCAACAGGCUAAGUUUAGUUGUUCUGGCUCGGCCUUUUCUCAACUUUCCUCCUAUUACGCAAGAUUCUUCAUUCUUUUUUCUUGAUCUUCAAUCCCAGAUAUUGGAUCAAGAUUCACAAAAAGAAAUGGAAGAGGACAAACCCAAAAAUACCCAGGAUGAACUGGGGGAUGAUAAUGUAGAUAAUGUACAUAGUAAUGUAGUCUCAAAAGGGGUUGAUUCUGAUGAGUUAUUUGACAAUGUUUCAUUGAAAGAUCAAGAUAAAAUUGUUGGAGGGUUGAGUCAAGAUAAAGGAUCUGAUGAUUUAAGAGGGUCCUCGGGUGGGACUGAGGAUAAGUUUGAAUUGUCUGUAGGGAAAAUCCCAUCUGAGGUUGAUUUUGUUGACAUUGAGGUGCAUCAUGAAACCCAUUUUUCGAGCCCCGGUCCUGAUAGGCAAUUUAUGGAUAGUGCUGAAGGUAGACAGUCGUCUUCUUCAGUGGAUUCUGCGAUGUAUUCGUAUGGGGAUAGUGCACCAUAUUCUCCAUUUGGAUCACCACCUAAACCUAAGCAGAAACAGGUUGUGCCAAAUGUGGAACCAGAACUCUUGCAUUUAGUUGACUCUGCUAUUAUGGGAAAGCCUGAGGGCUUGGACAAGCUGAAAAAUGUUGUAAGUGGUGUCGAGAGUUUUGGAACUGGUGAUGAUGCUAACUCUAUUGCAUUUUUGGUAGUUGAUUCACUUCUUGCCACUAUGGGAGGGGUUGAGUGUUUAGACGAUGACGAGGAUAAUAAUCCGCCAAGUGUGAUGUUGAACUCUAGAGCAGCCAUUGUGGCGGGCGAGCUCAUUCCUUGGCUUCCCUCCAUUGGGGACAUUGCAGGUCUCAUGUCGCCUAGGACUCGCAUGGUUAAAGGUUUGCUUGCUAUUUUGCGUGCUUGCACUAGAAACCGAGCAAUGUGCUCUACAGCGGGUUUGUUGCGUGUCCUGCUGCAUUCGGCUGAAAAGAUAUUUUGUCAGGAUCUUGCUACUUCAGAGCCAUCAAGAUGGGAUGGGACUCCGUUAUGCCUUUGCAUUCAACACUUAGCUGCACAUUCUCUUAGCGUAAGGGAUCUGCAUGGUUGGUUUCAAGUAGUCACAAAAACACUUGCCACUAAGUGGUCAGCUCGUUUAUUGCUUUCCUUGGAGAAAGCGAUGAGUGGGAAAGAGUCGAGGGGUCCAGCAUGCACCUUUGAAUUUGAUGGUGAAAGCUCUGGCUUGCUGGGUCCCGGGGAGAGUCGCUGGCCUUUUACUAAUGGAUAUGCAUUUGCUACGUGGAUCUACAUUGAGUCCUUUGCUGAUACUUUAAAUACAGCAACGGCAGCAGCUGCAAUUGCUGCUGCCGCAGCUGCCACGUCAGGAAAAUCUUCUGCGAUGUCAGCUGCUGCUGCAGCCACUGCACUGGCUGGGGAAGGCACAGCUCAUAUGCCACGGCUCUUCAGCUUCUUGUCAGCUGAUAAUCAAGGCAUUGAAGCAUACUUUCACGCCCAAUUUUUAGUGGUUGAAAGCGGUGGUGGGAAAGGAAGGAAGUCUUCUCUGCAUUUCACUCACGCGUUCAAGCCACAGUGUUGGUACUUUAUUGGUCUUGAACACUCUUGUAAGCAAGGCCUCAUUGGAAAAGCAGAGAGUGAACUGAGGCUAUACAUCGAUGGAUCACUAUAUGAGAGUCGACCAUUUGACUUUCCCCGGAUAUCCAAGCCGCUUGCAUUCUGCUGUAUUGGGACUAAUCCACCCCCAACUAUGGCUGGUUUACAACGUCGUCGUCGUCAGUGCCCUUUGUUUGCUGAGAUGGGCCCUGUAUACAUUUUUAAGGAACUAAUUGGGCCAGAAAAAAUGGCACGCUUAGCUUCUAGGGGAGGAGACGUGCUUCCUUCUUUUGGUCAUGGAGCUGGCUCGCCGUGGUUAGCAACAAAUGACUAUGUGCAAAAGUUGGCUGAAGAAAGUUCUGUUCUGGAUGCUGAAAUCUCAGGAUGUCUUCAUCUCUUCUAUCAUCCUGGCUUGCUCAGUGGCCGUUUUUGUCCAGAUGCUUCUCCUUCUGGUUCAUCAGGUGUGCUUCGAAGACCUGCAGAGAUUCUUGGGCAAGUCCAUGUUGCAACAAGAAUGCGUCCAACGGAAGCUCUUUGGGCAUUGGCAUAUGGAGGCCCCAUGUCCUUACUUCCUUUGGCAGUGAGUAAUGUGGAAGAGAAUAGCUUGGAACCCAAGCAAGGUGACCUUUCUUUAUCUUUAGCUACAACUGCUCUUGCCGCUCCCAUAUUCAGAAUCAUCUCUAGGGCCAUUGAACAUCCUGGAAACAAUGAAGAGUUGAGCCGUAGAAAAGGUCCAGAAGUCCUGUCAAGAAUCUUAAACUACCUUCUACAAACUCUGUCUUCCCUUGAUGUUGCGAAGCGUGAUGGAGUUGGGGAUGAGGCGCUUGUAGCAGCAGUUGUGUCGUUGUGCCAAUCACAGAAGCACAACCACACACUCAAGGUGCAGCUUUUCAGUAUGCUUCUACUGGAUCUGAGGAUUUGGAGCCUAUGCAGUUAUGGUCUUCAGAAGAAGCUUCUCUCUUCCCUUGCAGAUAUGGUUUUCACAGAGUCAUCUGUGAUGCGUGAUGCUAAUGCCAUUCAAAUGCUUCUAGAUGGCUGCAGGAGAUGUUAUUGGACUAUUCGUGAAACUGACUCUGUCGAUACUUUUAUGAAUGAUGAAACGCGUCCUUUGGGUGAAGUAAAUGCUUUGGUUGAUGAACUUUUAGUUGUUAUUGAGCUCCUAGUUGUGGCUGCCCCUCCUUCGCUAGCUGCAGAUGACGUCCGUUGUUUGCUUGGUUUCAUGGUGGAUUGUCCACAGACAAAUCAGGUUGCCAGGGUGCUACAUCUCAUGUACAGGUUGGUUGUACAGCCGAAUAUGUCCAGGGCUCAAACCUUUUCUGAGGCAUUUUUAUCUUGUGGUGGUAUAGAAACACUUCUUGUCCUAUUGCAGCGCGAAGUCAAGAUUGGAGAUUGUGAUGAUUUACCCUCUUUAGAUCAUAAUGCCACUGCUGCAUCAGCCCAGGAAACUGAACUGGAUACUGAGGUACAUUGUCCCAUGGGAAGUAGUGAAGUUGGUGAAACAGGAUUUACAAAAGAAAGAGAGACAAGUUUGAGUGAAACGGAAUCUGUACCUGAGUCCUUCGCUGGUUCGGGUGCCACAAUUUCCACUAGGAGGUCUACUAUUGAAAAAAUGCAGUCUAUCCCAGAGAAUGCAUUUCUAAAAAACCUGGGUGGUAUAAGCUUUUCAAUAAAUGCUGAAAAUGCUCGGAAUAAUGCAUACAAUGUUGAUAAAAGUGAUGAAAUUGUUCUUGGAAUUAUUAACCUCUUGGGAGCUUUAGUUUCAUCAGGCUAUCUGAAAUUUGGUGCACAUGCUCCCCCAGAUGUGACAAACAACCUUUUGGGGUUGCUGGAAGGAGGGGGUACCAUGUUUGACGAUAAGGUUUCCCUUCUACUUUUUGCGUUACAAAAGGCCUUCCAAGCAGCACCAAAUAGGCUCAUGACUAGCAGAGUAUACACAGCUUUAUUGGGUGCCUCGAUAAAUGCCCCGUCAACAGACAAUGGAUUAAACUUCUAUGAUUCUGGGCAUCGGUUUGAGCAUAUCCAACUUUUAUUGAUUCUUUUACGGUCACUUCCAUAUGCACCAAAGCCAUUGCAAAGCCGAGCAUUGCAGGAUCUUCUAAUUAUGGCUUGCAGUCAUCCGGAAAACAGAAUCAAUCUAACCAAAAUGGAUGAGUGGCCUGAGUGGAUAUUGGAGAUCCUGAUAUCUAACUAUGAGACAGGAGCAAGUAAGAAUGCUAACCCAGGAAGCUUGAGAGAUAUAGAAGACCUCAUACACAACUUCCUUAUAAUUGUGUUGGAGCACUCAAUGCGCCAGAAGGAUGGUUGGCAGGAUAUUGAAGCUACAAUUCAUUGUGCAGAAUGGCUUUCCAUGGUGGGUGGUUCUAGCACAGGAGACCUGAGAGUCAGACGUGAAGAGUCGCUGCCCAUUUUCAAAAGAAGGCUGUUGGGAAGCUUGCUAGAUUUUGCUGCACGGGAGUUGCAGGUUCAGACUCAAGUUAUUGCCGCAGCAGCUGCUGGUGUGGCAGCUGAAGGGUUGUCAGCUAAGGAUGCCAAGGUGGGAGCAGAAAAUGCGGCUCAACUUUCUGUGGCCUUGGUAGAGAAUGCCAUUGUGAUUUUAAUGCUUGUUGAAGACCAUCUGAGGCUGCAGAGCAAGCUUUACAGGACUUCACGUGUUCGUACUGGUUCUGUUUCCCCCCUGUCAAAUGCUGUGCCUGUAGGUAGUCAGUCUGCAAGUGUAGUUGGUGGAGAUGCUCUUGAAACUGUAGCUGAUCGUAAAUCAUCCAAUAGCUCUGGGAGAUUGUCACUUGAUGUUCUUGCGUCAAUGGCUGAUCCUAAUGGACAGAUAUCUGCAACUGUGAUGGAGCGGCUCGCUGCUGCAGCAGCUUGUGAACCUUAUGAAUCUGUUUCUUGCGCAUUUGUGUCAUAUGGUAGCUGUGCCUUAGAUUUAGCUGAGGGGUGGAAAUACAGGAGUCGAUUAUGGUAUGGAGUUGCCCUUCCCACAAACACCUCAGAAAUUGGUGGUGGUGGCAGUGGUUGGGAAGCUUGGAAUUCUGCAUUGGAAAAAGAUGCUGAUGGAAGCUGGAUUGAAUUUCCUUUAAUAAAGAAGUCAGUUGCAAUGCUAGAAGCACUCUUGUUAGAUGAGUCUGGACUGGGUGGUGGUCUAGGUAUUGGAGGAGGAUCAGGUACUGGAAUGGGAGGCAUGGCAGCUCUAUAUCAAUUGUUAGACAGUGACCAGCCUUUUCUUUGCAUGCUGCGAAUGGUUCUUGUCUCAUUACGGGAAGAAGAUGAUGGUGGAAAUCAGAUGUUAAUGAGGCAUGGAAACACAGAAGACGGGACGUCAGAGGGUUUCCGUAGGCAGACUAGCAAUCUUUCUAUUUUAGACAUGAAUGCUCGUAUACCAUCCAGGAAACCACGAUCCUCAUUGUUAUGGAGCGUGCUUUCACCAAUUCUCAACAUGCCUAUUUCUGAGUCCAGAAGACAGAGAGUGUUGGUUGCCUCCUGUGUUAUGUUCUCUGAGGUAUGGCAUGCUGUUGGUAGGGAUCGAACUCCUCUAAGGAAGCAAUAUCUAGAGGUUAUUUUACCACCUUUUAUUGCAGCCUUAAGGAGAUGGCGACCCCUCUUGGCAGGAAUUCAUGAACUGGCAUCUGCAGAUGGUUUAAAUCCUUUUGUCGUUGAUGACCGAUCAUUGGCUGCAGAUGCCUUGCCCCUUGAGGCUGCUCUGUCUAUGAUCUCCCCUAGCUGGGCUGCUGCAUUUGCAUCUCCGCCUGCUGCUAUGGCACUAGCAAUGCUAGCUGCUGGCGCUGCUGGAGGGGAAGCUCCAGCUCCAGCAACAACCACACAUCUAAAGCGGGAUUCUUCAUUGCUAGAGCGCAAAGCGGCUAGACUUCAUACGUUUUCAAGUUUUCAGAAACCUAUAGAGGCACCUAGCAAAUCUCCAGCUAUUCCCAAGGACAAGGCGGCAGCAAAAGCAGCGGCAUUGGCUGCUGCACGAGACCUUGAACGCAAUGCAAAGAUAGGAUCAGGAAGAGGUCUCAGUGCAGUGGCGAUGGCUACAUCUGCACAGCGACGGAGUAGAAGCGACAUGGAACGCGUAAAGAGAUGGAAUGUUUCUGAAGCCAUGGGAACAGCAUGGAUGGAAUGUUUGCAGUCAGUUGAUACGAAAUCUGUCUAUGGGAAAGAUUUUAAUGCUCUGUCUUACAAAUUCAUUGCUGUCCUUGUUGGAAGUUUAGCUUUAGCCCGAAACAUGCAACGAUCAGAGGUUGAGAGGCGGACGCAAGUGAAUGUAAUUGCUCAGCAUCGCCUGUAUACCGGGAUACGCCAAUGGAGAAAACUUAUCCAUAGCUUGAUAGAGAUUAAAUGUCUUUUUGGCCCAUUUAGUGAUUGUCUGUACAAUCCUCAGCGUGUUUACUGGAAACUGGACAAUAUGGAAACAUCUGCAAGAAUGCGGAGAUGUUUGAGAAGGAACUAUGGAGGGUCAGAUCAUUUUGGUUCUGCUGCAGAUUAUGCUGAUCAUACGGGAUUAAAAGAGGGGGAAGAUCAAACAAUCAGUCCAUCAAAAGCCUCUCUUUUGGCAUCAGAUGCUAUUUCCAUUGAGCCAGUACACGAGGAUUAUGAACAGGAAGAUGGUCCCAACUUGGACAGUAAGUUAGAUGACACGGAACAUCAUGGCGACGUUCAGAACAGAAUGUCUGGAACAGCUGAGCAGCCAUUGCAGACAUCUUCAGAAUCUGGAGACCCUCCAGUUACUGACCACCAAGACAUGGUGCAGAGUCCUUCGGCAGUUGCCCCUGGUUAUGUUCCUAGCGAGCAUGAUGAAAGGAUUGUCCUUGAGCUUCCGUCGUCAAUGGUCAGGCCAUUGAAGGUUUCUAGAGGAACUUUCCAAAUUACUACGAGAAGAAUAAAUUUUAUCGUUGAUAACAUCGAGACCAGUGUUGCUGGAGAUGGUAUUGAUUGCAGCAGUGAAGAAAAAGAAAAAGAAAAGGAUCGGAGCUGGUUGGUCUCUUCCCUUCAUCAGAUAUAUAGCAGAAGAUAUCUUUUAAGGAGAAGUGCAUUGGAAUUAUUUAUGGUCGAUCGGUCAAACUUCUUCUUUGACUUUGCGAGUACUGAGGCAAGAAGAGAUGCAUAUCGAGCUAUUGUUCAAACUCGUCCCUCUCAUCUGAACAAUAUCUACCUCGCAACUCAGAGACCUGAACAACUUCUCAAAAGAACUCAACUCAUGGAACGUUGGGCUCGCCGGGAGAUCAGCAACUUUGAGUAUCUAAUGCAGCUUAACACACUGGCCGGACGAAGUUACAAUGAUAUUACUCAGUAUCCUGUGUUCCCUUGGAUCAUUUCUGAUUAUACGUCAGCCGACUUGGAUAUUGCUAAUCCAUCAUCUUACCGAGACCUCUCAAAGCCAGUUGGAGCAUUGAAUCCUGAUCGAUUAAGGAAGUUUCAAGAGAGAUACUCUAGUCUUGAUGACCCUGUCAUCCCAAAGUUCCACUAUGGCUCACAUUAUUCAAGUGCAGGAACAGUGUUAUAUUAUCUAAUCAGGCUGGAGCCCUUCACCACCCUAUCUAUUCAGCUCCAAGGUGGCAAGUUUGAUCAUGCAGACAGGAUGUUCUCAGAUAUUGCUGCCACUUGGAAAAGUGUUCUUGAGGAAAUGAGUGAUGUCAAAGAGUUGGUCCCGGAGCUAUUUUAUCUUCCUGAGAUGCUAACAAAUGAGAAUUCGAUUGACUUUGGUACGACGCAGUUGGGAGAAAAGCUGGACUCUGUGCAUCUUCCACCUUGGGCUGAAAACACGGUUGAUUUUAUUCAUAAGCAUCGGAUGGCACUUGAGAGUGAGCACGUCUCUGCUCAUCUACACGAAUGGAUUGAUCUCAUUUUUGGGUAUAAGCAACGAGGAAAGGAAGCUAUACAGGCAAAUAAUGUUUUCUUUUACUUGACGUAUGAAGGAACAGUGGAUAUUGACAAGAUAACAGAUCCAGUCCAGCAACGUUCUAUGCAAGAUCAGAUUGCUUACUUUGGACAAACGCCGUCUCAACUUCUUACUGCUCCACACAUGAAAAGGAUGCCACUGGCAGAUGUUCUCCAGCUACAGACCAUCUUCCGGAAUCCUAGAGAUGCGAAACCAUAUACGGUUCCCCACCCAGAGCGCUGCAACCUACCUGCUGCAGCGAUGCAGGCCUCUUCUGAUUCACUUGUAAUUGUUGAUACGAAUGCGCCGGCUGCUCAUGUAGCUCAGCAUAAAUGGCAACCAAACACACCAGAUGGUCAGGGAGCACCAUUCCUGUUCCAACACGGAAAACCUGGUGCUAGCUCAGCUGGUGGAACAUUCAUGCGAAUGUUCAAGGGGCCAACUGGCUCUGAAUCAGAGGAAUGGCAUUUCCCUCAAGCCCUAGCGUUUGCUGCUUCUGGAAUCAGAGGCUCAUCCGUAGUUGCAAUUACAUGUGACAAAGAAAUUCUUACAGGUGGCCACGUAGACAACAGUGUGCGGCUGAUAUCAUCAGAUGGUGCAAAAACGUUAGAAGUAGCCAGAGGACAUUGUGCUCCUGUAACAUGCCUGGCUUUAUCUCCAGAUAGCAAUUAUCUUGUUACAGGGUCUAGAGAUGCAACAGUGCUUCUCUGGAGAAUAAAUAGGGCGUCAACGCCGCGCAGCAGCAGCACAGCAGAGGCUUCCACUGGUUCAAGCACAUCUUCAACCAUUAGUACACCAAACAGCUCGAGAGAAAAAAGUAAGAGGCAUCGAAUUGAGGGUCCCAUACAUGUCCUUAGAGGCCAUCUUGGGGAGAUAUUAUGUUGCUGUGUGAGUUCAGAUCUUGGGAUUGUGGUUUCAUGCUCCAGUUCGUCAGAUGUCUUGCUACAUACUAUAAGAAGGGGUCGAUUGGUCAGAAGGCUAGUUGGAGUGGAGGCACAUUCUGUCUGUCUGUCAUCUGAUGGAAUUAUAAUGGCUUGGAACAAAUCCCAUAAAACACUAAGCACCUUUACUCUUAAUGGGAUUCUUAUUGCUAGGACUCAGUUUCCUCGCUGCUCCACCAUUAGUUGCAUGGAGGUUUCUGUUGAUGGACAAAACGCUUUGCUUGGAGUAAAUCCAUGUGCUGAAAAUGAUGGACCAUUGGACAACAAGUCAAUGAAGUGGCAAAAGCCAGGACUUGGAGAUUCUGAUGGAGAAUUAGAUGAAAAUGGCGAAGGAAAUAGAUUAGAUAUCUCUGUGCCUUCAAUCUGCUUCAUCGACAUGUAUACUUUAAAGGUAUUUCACAUUAUGAAGCUUGGAGAGGGUCAAGAUAUUAUGGCUCUGGCCCUGAACAAGGAUAACACUAAUCUCUUGUUAUCGACAGCUGAUAGGCAGUUGAUAAUCUUCACAGAUCCUGCAUUGAGCUUGAAGGUAGUAGAUCAAAUGCUUAAGCUGGGUUGGGAAGGUGAUGGACUCAGCCCCCUUAUCAAGUGAAGUUUUCAAGAUAUUGGACUUUGAUUCACCAAAGUUUCUCCUGAUGAAAAAUCCCAUCCAUAUCUUACAAGAUGAAAGGUGCUACGCUUCAUACAAUCUGGAUGCAUAACUGACACGCCACGGCUCCGUCUCUUGACUGUAUCAUAAUCACUGUGCGACGAGGAUAAUGUUUCAACAUUCCGACAUGUAACAUGAGUGUAUUGUAUUAGGUAAACCACAAGGCUGUCCAGUAGUUUUUUACCGAGUUCAGCAUUUUUAUUUUUUAUUGUUUGAAAAUCGAUAUAGUUGUACAUGCUGUCCAAUUGUUUGAUGUUAGAGUAUAGGAAAUUUAGCCAUUUGAUCUUUUUUCUUUUCCCCUUUCUUAUUAACUGUAGUGGGACUUCACAGUGUCAUGGAAUCACAGUCAAAACACUCCCUUGUAAAUGCGUUCUCUUAUAAGAUAUGCUUCUGCAUUUUUGUUUA